GACAUAAAUGCUUGUUUGAUACAUCAUUCUUUUAAAAAGAAUUUGCCACACAUGCAUAGCUUCCAUGUCAUUGUUUAUUUGGGUUUAGGGCAAAUUGUUCACGCUAAGAUUAUUACUGACGAAUUAACAAUACAAAACAUAUGCAUGACAAUAGGAAUUCAAAAACAUUACAUUGUUUGUAUUAUGUCUUUAUAAGAAGAAUCAAAGAUCACUAUGAUGCUGUGACAUGUAUACAUGUUAAUAUAUACAUACUAUAUACAUAAAUUGAAAAUUUAAUUUUGAUAUAUAAAAAAAUUGUAAUCCCGAUUCGAAGACAUAAAAACAAGCGUUUAAAUACUUCAGUUAACUGAACAUAAAUUGUUAAAUAAAUAAAAAAUUGAUAUGUAUUAAUCAAAAUUGAAUGUCAUGCCAAUAUAAGUUUAAAUUGUGUGCAUGUGCGUGUGCUUGCGUGCGUGUGUGUGUUUGUUUGUUGCUUUUGGUUUUGUUUUUGUUGUUCUUUCGUUGUUGUUGUUGUUUUUGUAUUUUUCUUUAGGACCAUUGUUGUUACUUUUCGUGCCUUUUACUGUUUUUGGAGAAAGACUGUCUCAAGAGGAAUGUUCAGACAUUGACCAUAACGCCUGUGUUGUGAUGGCUAGUCAAAAUGCCAAAAUGUGUUCAGAUCCUGUUCUUGCAGCUACUGCGUGCCCAGUCUAUUGUAACAAAUGCCCAACAAGAUUAACGUGUUAUAAUUGCUCAUUUUCAAAUCCGAAUGCCAACACUUGUAAAACAGUAUCGUGUCAAACAGACGAGGUGUGUAUGGUUAGGGAAAUAAAGCCUACAUUUAACGGAUCGACAACUUAUAACGUUGGUUGUGAAAAGAAAUUGGUUUGCGAUGGUCAGAAAAAGCGGUCUAUUCAUUCCCGAUCUGUUUACAUUGACUGUUGUUUGACUGAUUUAUGCAAUCUUCCAUCAUCAUCUAUACCGACCACGACGUCACGCUUAUCUACAUUAAAAACCACUUCUACAACUGAUCGUGGUCAUUGGUCAGAGUGGAGUAAUUGGGGAUUUUGUACUUCAAGUUCGAGUGGUGGGUAUAAGGAAAGAAGAAGAACUUGCAACAUUACACACACUUUUGAUCUAUCGGCAUCGACAUGUAUCAAUGGAUCAACCGAAUACUACAGAGCACCCUGUAGCAAUCCCUGUUCACCACCACAAAUUGUAAAUCUAACCUUGAGUGGCUCUUGGACAGUGGGAGGUAUGGUUAUCCUACAUUGUGAGGUAUCAGGGGAUCCUAAACCAUCUAUUAGCUGGAUGGCACGGAGCUCCAAUGUGCUUACAAACGGCAAUAAAUGGAAAUAAUAAUGAGUUCCUGAUCAUUGGACCAAUUACCGAGUUACAUCCUGAUCUGUUCAAAUGUGAAGCAAUAAACAGAUGUGGGAGAUCUGAAUCUCGUGAAUACUCCGCUCCGACAUCAGCCCCACCUAUUAUUGGCUAAUUGGAAAUAUUGUUUAAAAAUACAAAAAAAAAACACAUAAAUUUUACGCAAUAAU